UUGAUAGUCCAAAGAGCGCCUCACUUACUGUUGGAAUGAUGGAGUGGAUUGUGGAAGUAGUUCAUAGCGGAGUUAGAAACAGAAGCCUUGAAACCGAAAAGGAAAAUCGAGAAGAAACAGAAAAAAGGGCAGAGGAGAAGAAAUAAAGCGUGAUCUACUGUAAAUUCUUUCCGAAAUUCUAGUUUCCUUCUCCAUCAAACUCUUGUUCCUCUCCAAUUAUUGAAUUCCACAGAUACACUGCUUAGUAUGGUAGGACACUGAUUUAUAGAACCAGCGCCCACCAAUUGUUUGUUGAAUUGAAAUUCCCCAACCACUUAUCUCUGUACAGUUGAAGCAAAUAUGAUGAUCAGAAUCCGGAGCCGAGACGGUCUUGAGCGCGUCUCAAUCGACAACCCUCCCGCCACCGUCGCCGCGCUCAAGUCCGCCAUCGAAUCCCAGCUCCAGGUGCCCGUGCAUGCCCAGAUUCUCUCCACCAAUCAAAAUUUGCUUCUUGCGAAAUCCCAAACCGAUCUCACCCGGUUCACGGACAUGAUCAACCCCAACACCGGGCUGGCCGCCCUCAACAUCGGCCACGGCUCCAUUGUGUACCUCGCCUACGAGGGCGAACGCACGGUGGCGGGGCCGGCCUUCCACCCGUCCGGGUCGUUUGGGAAGAAGAUGACGAUGGACGACCUGAUUGCGAAGCAGAUGAGGAUCACGCACCAGGAGAGCCCUCAUUGCGACCUCGUCUCGUUUGAUCGCGACGCCGCGAACGCGUUCCAGCGAUACGUGAACGAAAGCUUGGCUUUUGCGGUGAAGCGCGGCGGUUUUAUGUACGGGACGGUGUUGGAGGAGGGGAAGGUGGAGGUUGAUUUCGUCUACGAGCCGCCACAGCAGGGGACGGAGGAGAAUUUGAUCCUUUUGAGGGAUCGAGAGGAGAAGAUGGUUGAGGCCAUUGCUUCGGGGCUGGGGAUGAGGAGGGUCGGGUUUAUUUUCAUGCAGACGGUUAGCCAAGAUAAGAAGGACUACACGAUGUCGAAUCUGGAGGUGUUGCAGGCGGUGGAGCUUCAGGCGGAGGGGGAUUUGAAGGAGUGGGUGACUGCUGUUGUGAAACUGGAGGUGGAUGAGGAUGGGGGAGCUGCUGUGCAUUUUGAGGCUUUUCAAAUGAGUGAUGUAUGUGUAAGGUUGUUUAAAGAGGGCUGGUUCGAGCGGGAUGUGCAAGAGGAGAUUGAUCCUAAGUUGUCGAGGAUGAAGAAGGAUGUGGUUGUUGGAGGGAAAGACACUAAGGAUGUGGAUAAUGACUUCUUCAUGGUGGUUGUCAAGAUUGCUGAUCAUCAGGCUCCACUUUCUUCGACAUUUCCUAUUGAGAACAGGAACACCCCCGUGACAAUGAGGGCGUUGAAAAAUCAUCUGGAUCGAGCAAAGAAUCUUUCCUUUGUGAUACAGAUUUCAGACUUUCAUCUGCUACUGUUGCUGGCGAGGUUUCUAGACGUGAACUCCGAUGUCCCAGCAUUGGCAGGGUGUGUACAGUUACAGGCCAUGGUGCCUGAAGGAUACCAGCUAUUGAUCGAGUCGUUGGCUGCUGCUUCUUAGUCGGCUCUUAAUCGAGCUGCUGUGUAUCGUCGAAUUUAACCCUCACGUUUAUAGUACUUUUCUUUUCCUUUGGUGGUCUGGUUACUAUUUAAGAAAUUGGGACCAUCUUUUUCUUGCAUGAGAUAUUAGCUUCCAUCACAUCACUUUCAAGUAGAUCCAUAUAGCUUUUAAACAAUAUUAUGUUCUAGAAACAUGCUAGCAUUCAAAUCUUAUUAUUUGAACA